GAGGCCGCAGACCUGGAGAGGAUGCAGAGGGAGUUGUUCGAGGACGAGCCCGGCCCCAGGCCGGAGGCAUGGGCGCGUGGGGAGCCCUUGCCGGACGAGGAGGGGAUCGCCCCCUCGUGGUCGCGCCCUGCUGGAGUCGCCGCUGAGGAGGGGUCGGGGGACGAGGACGUCGACGACCUCGACGGCGAGGAGGAGCUCGACGCCGAGUCCGAGGGCGAGGACGACCCCAGCGGGAAGCUCUCCGAGAGCAGCGGCGGGGAGGAGGAGCCCGAGCACGCGGCGCCGGGGCGCCCGCCGCCGUGGCCGCACGCGGGCAGGGGGCCUGGCCCCGGCGAGCCCGGCUUCGCGGCGCACGCGCGCGCGGCGCUGGAGCUCCGCGGGAGGCGUGAUGCCCAGAGGUCGGAGUGCCCCCCGCUGCUGCCCCACCAGGCCGCCGUGGCCUUCCUGCUGCAGCCAGGGUCGCCAGUGAGCCGGCUGCUGGUGGACCAGCCCACGGGCUCUGGCAAGACGCGCGAGAUGAUCGCGGUGCUCGACGGUUUCUUCUACGACCGGCGGCCGAAGAUCCCGGUGUUCCCGCGGUCCGCUGUCUGUUGGAACUUCUACGAGGAGUUGCUGCGCUGGCCAUCCCGCUACAGGGACUUCUUCUGCUUCGCCAGGCCGGAGCGGGCCGCGCUUGCCGCCGGCCUGGGCCCAGGCGGGGACUGGCGCGAGCGGCGGCCGCACUGCUGGCCGAUUGCGCGGCUCGGCGCCCCGCAGCUGCGCGCCCUGUGCCGGGAGCUGCGGGAGGUGCUGGAGAUGAAGAGCACCAUCGCGCACGGCCGGUUCCGCCCCGGCGUGCGCAGGCGGCUGCGCGCCGAGCGGCCGGGGUGCCCGCUGCCGGGGGCGCCGCUGCGCGCGCUGAGCUACGCGUCGGCGGGCGGCAGCUUUUCUGCCCUCGGGAGGGGCGGGCGCCCCCUGUCGGCGGUGCUGAAGUUCGGCUUCCGUGGGGGCCAGUGCCCGUUCUCGCACAAGGUGGUGCUGCUGGACGAGGCGCACAAUCUGGUCCGGGCGCAGACGUUGUUCGGCCGGCAGCUCGCAGAGCUGCGCCGCCAGCUGGAGAUCGCGGAAGGGAGCGUCGUGGCGGGCUUCACUGGUACGCCCGUGUCCGACGAGCCGGCGAGCGGUCGCCGCUUGUUGGAUAUCUUCAAGGGCAGAAGCAGCUCUGGCUGCGACGAGGGUUUCCUGGCCUCGCUGGCAAAGCCGCCGCCAGGGCUGUUCCCCGCUGUGUUUUCGGCCGACGGCACGGCUGAGGCGGACCUCUCGCCGCGAAUGGUGGCAGGGAUGUGCAGAGCGGUGGAGCUACGCAGUGAGACGCUCAGGUCGUAUGCCGUCAAGUCGCUCGAGAACAAGCGGCACCUGAAGGUCUACUGCAACCUCGCUUCCCACAGCACCGCUUUCCACGGUAGGACCAAGGAUGUGAUGCUGCAGCGGCCCAGAGACUGGAUGCCCAAGCUGGCCACCAUCGCCGCAGCCAUCGCCCGGAGGCGCGAGAAGGCGGCGGUGCUCGUGAGUCGACAGGGCGGGUACGCAGCGAUGUUGGCGUGCAUGCGGCAGGUUGCCGCGAGGGCGUCGCCUCCAUUCUCCGUCGUCGGCGGCGACCGCCUCGCCGACUUCAACGAUGUGGCCAAUAGCCGUGGCGAUCAGAUUCGCGCCCUCGUCGCCGAUUCUAACCAGUUCUCGGAGGGCGUGUCCUUCCGUGCCGUGCGGAGGCUAUAUUUGGCGGACGUGCCCCACAGCGCGUGCGCGCUGCGGCAGCAGUGCGGCAGGGUGGCGCGCAUGUUCGGCCACCACGACCUGAGGCCAGAGGAACGGGCAGUCGUGGUCGUCCUGCCCGUCGCCAAGCUGCCCGCCUGGGCACGGAGCCCGCUGGCCACGUGGUGUUUCGGGGCCUUCUGCCAGGCAAACUGCGACUCGGCGGAGGCCACCGACCUGGCGCAGGGGCUGCUUCAGCGCCUCGCCGAGAUGGGCAUCGGCAGCCUGGAGGGCCUGAAGGACCGCCUCCACAAGGAGCAGGGCGCGAGGCCGAGCUGCGAGGCGGCCACUGCGACAGCGCUGCCCCGAGAGACCGUCGCACGGCUGCUGCGGCAGUUCGGGCUCGGCAGAAAGAAGUACGUGGCGGACGCGUCGAACAAGAAUUUUGGGCGACUGUUCGUCCCCUUGCAGGAGGACUUGACGGUGCCCUGCCGGCUGCGGCCGUUGGCAGCCUCAUUGCAAGAGCUGCAUUGCGCUACCUCUGCGGCGCAGGCGGCCCCUGCGCUCACCGGGCGCACGGCUGACGAGGCGGCGGUGGAGGCGCUGAGGUCCCAGCUGCUCUGCCAGGCCAGCGAGCUCGCGCAGCUGCGGCGCGCGGCGGUAAACUGCGGCGGUGCGCCCGCGGGCGGCAACAGUGGUGCGACCCCGGCGGCGCCGGCGGAGGCCGCCGCGACGGAGCACGGUUGGGCGUCGGCGGAGGAGGAGCAGGAGGCGGCGGCCAGCGCGGGCGGCGAGCCUGCGCUUGUUGGCGAGCCUGGCGCGGCAGAGGCGGGCUGGAAGCUGGACGUCCGUCAGCGCCGCCCUCUCGAUUCGCGGGCCCCACCGCCGCAGCACGGCUGCGGCGCCGCGGACGCGCCAGCGGGCAGCCUGAAGCGGAGGCCCCCGCAGGUGCUGCCUGGCGCCGCCGCAGGCGCAGUCUCGACGUCGGAAGCGGGCAGCUUCGCAGAUGACGCGCUGUGGCUGCAGGCCCUGGACGACGCCGUGGCAGCGGCGCCGCUGAGCUGCGUGGUGCCAGGGGAGGCCUACCGCAGGGCGAUGGAGGACAUGGGCGACGUGGGCGACGGGGAGGUGGUGCCAGACGUUGCCGAGGACGCCGCGGACGCGGGGGAGGCGCGGAGCGCCAAGCGCGGAGGCGCCAAGGGCGGACGCCCCAGGCGCGGGAGCGCUGCGCCCGAGAGGCCCGGCACCACGAGGGCGCCGUCGGUGGACGGCGGCGCCGCCGAGCGCCCGGGCGCCGAGCCCGACGUGGCCGGCGGUCGGAAGGCUAAGCGCCGGGGCGCGGCCGCGGCCGAUGCCAAAAAGAGGGCGCGCGGCAGUCCGGCGCUGGCGCCUCCUGUAGUGGUAGCCCGUGAGGGGGCCGCGGACGACCCUCCUCGGGGCCUCGCCGGGGACUGCGAGCGGCUGUGGAGGCGCUUCUCGCCCGCCGUGGUGGACGGCGCGAGGUGUGCCGCGCGCGUGUGGGGCAACGGCCGAGGGGGACAGUGCGGUUUUGCACGCUGCGGGGAGCUGGAGUACUGCGUGGGGGUCGACGGAUUCACACCAAGGAGGAGCAGCGCACGCACGGACGCGUGGACGGCCCAAUCCCCGAGGCAAAGGUCCCAAUCUUCGUGA